GAGGGGGGCGGCCGUUGAGGCGCGCGCGCGCUCGCGGCGGCGGCACCUCCCGUCCCCUCCCGACCCCUCCCUCAGUCCCGCUCGGCGGCCGCGGCGGCAGCAUCGCAGUACCAGUCUGGGCAGAGCUGCCUGCUUCUUCUUCGCCCCAUCUCCGUUAUCCCCCGGACACGAUGCAGUUUAUGUUGCUUUUUAGUCGCCAGGGGAAACUGAGACUCCAGAAGUGGUAUGUCCCAUUAUCUGACAAAGAAAAGAAGAAAAUCACAAGGGAACUUGUUCAAACAGUAUUAGCCCGUAAACCGAAAAUGUGCAGCUUCCUGGAAUGGAGAGACCUGAAGAUUGUCUACAAAAGAUAUGCAAGCCUCUAUUUCUGCUGUGCUAUUGAAGAUCAGGACAAUGAACUAAUAACUCUGGAAAUAAUUCAUCGCUAUGUAGAACUUCUUGACAAGUAUUUUGGCAGUGUCUGUGAACUUGAUAUCAUCUUCAAUUUUGAAAAAGCCUAUUUCAUUUUGGAUGAGUUCCUUUUAGGAGGGGAGGUUCAGGAGACAUCCAAGAAAAAUGUUCUUAAAGCCAUUGAACAAGCAGAUCUUUUACAGGAGAGCCAGAAUGAAGACUGGGGAGGUUUGUCUGAGGAUAUCUUAUGAUUAAGAGCAAUCUAAGGCAUUAGCCCUUUUGACCCCAUCUAGAUGAUUGCCACGUCAUGAAUACUUUAAUGUACCAGUGUACUAAAUGGCUUCAUUCAUCAUGCAUGCAGAAUUUCAGAGGAGAUAGACCUGUGACUUACUCAUGACAGAACAUUAUCAUCAGCUUGCUGAAUCCAGUCAUCCUGAAUCUAAUAGAAUGCCACAACCAUUCUCUGCUGUUGUACUUUCCUCUUCCCCCUCUGUUUUACAGUGUUGUCUCUUCACAUGUCUCAUUUCAACAAAACUUGUGCUUGUUGCCAUAUGGUUUAACUUUUUUAUUGUGUGUAAGCUUGAAGUCUUAUGCUUAAGAGUUCUGUAGCAUUUUCUGAGCUAAACAUCUAUAUACUGCAAUACCUAUAUUGUAGCAUUCCUCAACCCACAUUUAUCUUUUAAAUAGGUUGUGGUGGUAUUUAAACAAAUUCUAAAAUUAAGCCUGCAGGUGAAGUUAAGACUUACAGAGAAAGUAGUGAAGGAGAAGUAUCAUGUGAAAUGUGUAUACACAGAAGUAUUAAAUGAUGCUGAAUGAAAUUCUAUGUAGACCAUGCAUCUUACUUAAAGGUGCAAAUAACACUAUCCCUUUCUGAGGACUGGCACAAUAGUGUGCCUCACCUUACAAAAAGGAGAGGGGCAGAAUUGAGUAGGUCAAAGAGAAUGAUGAGUAAAUCUGAAAUUAAAACAUUUGUAUUUAAAUGUGAAGAAGGCUCAUGUGAGUAAUUUAAGUUACUGCCACUGAAAGGGAGAACAAUACCUUUGCUUGACGAAUAAUGGAAUCACAGAAACAUUAAGGUUGGAAAAGACCUCUUAGCCUAUUGAGUCCAACCAUUAAUGAUUAGGGUUGGAAAGAUCCAAGUCCAUUAACAGUAUGCUUGCAAUAUGCCUUCUUAAAUUGGCAUUUCCAGUUUUAAAUGCAGGCUGCCUUGUGUAUGGGAGAACUGCCACGAGGGUGAAUAUAAGUGCAUUCAGUUGAAAAGUGGGCAGAGUGAGAGAGCAUGUAAUGCAUCCUGUUUGUAACUGAAAACCAGUGCUGAUUCUGAAAAUUGUUUCCAUGAAUUGUCAAGGAAGCAGUUACUAAAAUGAACCCCAAACAAGCUAGUUCCCUGUACUAUAUGUGGUAAUGCACUACCUUCCAAAUGUGUUAAACUGACAAAAAAUGGGAUUUAGGGGAUUAGACAAAAGAUUUGGAUUGGAUUUGCAGCAUUCUGAAAUCUUAGAAAACAAGAUCAUAGGAGUGGUUUUCCAUUUCCAAGUUUGCCUUUUUUCUGUAAGCCAUUAACAAUGUGUUUGGAUGUCUGGUUAAUGCUGCUUUAGCCUGCAUUAUUUCAUGCCUGUUGGCUUAAAAUGCUGUGCAUUGAGCUGUAAUGAGAUGCUGUUUUUCUUGUUAUCUGUAUACAGCUGCUUGCUUCUAAAUGACUAGGUAAUGAAUUAGCUUUUCUGGCAUGUUUGAAAUAAAGUAUUGCAUGCACUUUUGUCUCAUGUGAAUGACUUUUUUCUUCAUCUGUGUUCUGAUAUUUCAAAUUUGUUGUUUGCCUUGGGUGAUUCUGAGCUGCAGGUAGUAUAUAACACUGCAGAAUGUUUUACCUAAGAAUUGGAUAAAAUGUUUGACACUUAGUAAAACAAAUCAUGUGAACAAAACAUAAUUCAUUCUAUUUGCUUCUUAAAAGUAAUAAUUAAUGAAGUCAUUUUUCUAGCAAAAGACGUUAGCCUUUAGGUGUUCCUUGAGAUAUAUUGUUGAUGAGGAAGGCACAUCUGUCUCAAGAUUACUGCUUUAGUAAUAAAAACAAUUACUGAGUUCUGAGUCUGAGUUCUGUUGGUGAUGUAUCUGUGGACAAGUAGCUAAUGUCCUUGAAAUAGGUUGCUUUUAAUGGUUAGCCAAAGACCUUGAUUUACUUGAAGAAAUGUAGUGUUUAAGUAUAUGCCUGCUGAAAAUCAUGUCAGACUUCGAAAUGUCAGUGAAAACAGCAAUACUAAUCUACUCUAAAACCAGUGGCAGCACUGCUCUCUAUUUCUUUACAGCUAUAAAGAACUUUGUUUUCAGGAAAUAUCCUGUUGCACUCCAGAGUAAUUCUUAAGUGCCCACUGCUGUCUAAUCAAUUUAAGAUUAAAAAAUUAUUUUAUUUCAAAUAUUUUGAAGACUCUGAAAUGCUUGAGAAGUUGUAUUCUUGUAGAAUGCUGUUGAGUUCUGGUGUCAUAGUUAGCUAACUGUAUAGGAUUUCUAGAGUAAAAUGCCUUACCUUCGUGGAUAGGGGAGGUGUGUGUCUUCUAAAAUGAAUGCAACAAAGUAAUCUGGAAAUAUAAUUUGAAAAGUUAUAUUAGAAAUGCUACAUAGCCAUUUCUUUAGUCAGUGCCUCCUUUUGGGCAUUUGGUAAAAUACAUGAGUAAAUCUUUAAUCCUGCCAUCCUGUCUGGCUUUCAGGUCACUGCAGGUUUAAGAAAAUUUAAAUAUUGCAUCAGUGAGGGGAAAAAACCAAGCCAGCACUACAUCUUUAAUACACCAAGUGUCUUGUUUUCAAUUUUAACUUGCCUUUUUAUUGCAAUUUUUUAUUGCAAUUUUUUAUUUUGUGCUGGAUUUUAGAAGCCAUCUUAUUAUGCCUGUUCCAAGCUCUGACUGAUGUUUGAAUGAAGUUGACUUCAAGUAUCAUAGCUUGUUGCUUCACUGCUGAAUCACCUUAUACAUGAGCUGAAUAGUCAUAGUAAACUUGAUAAUUUUGUGCCACAUAGUCAAGGCUGAUAGAGAUAAUAUUCUGAUGUUAUUUGCAAGGUUUGAGGUGUUUAAUUUUGUGUUUUACUGACAUUAUUUUUCUAAUAAAUAUUUGCAAAGCAGUUGAAAAAUAAUUUGUUGGCUGCCUUAACUGUUCUAUGCCUUUUUUUUCUGCUGCAUGACAUGUCUUGUUUUAGGAUGCUAAAGUAAGUUUAUUCAUAGUCUUGCUGUUAAAGCUUUUGUUUUGAUACAGACACAGUAUCCCCUUUUAUUUAUCAUGGCAUUGUUAAUAGUUACUAAAAAAAGCUUAGCCUAAUGUUUCUAGUUUAAACCAUUUUUUUUCAGAGGCUAUGGAAGUAAUGAAUACAAAACUGAUGAUCAUUUUUUUUGGAAUUUGGUAUUAAACAUCUUUGUCUGAAUCUAAGGAAAGCUUUCUAAGGUUGGAAUUAACUUAAAACUUUCUGCCUUGUGUGGAAUAAUAAAAUUCCUGUCCUAAAAACUCCACCCUCUUUGAAAGGGAUCGAUUUGACACCAGGCAUACCAGGUACCGUGACCUGCUUUUAUUAAUUAAAAACAUGGGAUCACUGUAUAAAAAACCAAACAAACCAAAACUCUUAUAAAGAUCUUAAGGGAUACUGUAUCUGAGUUGCAUCUGUAGUUUCAUUCAUCCACUUACUUGUUAUUCCCAAAGAGAUUUUUAAGACCUUUGAAACAAUUCACCACAAGAUUCACUGAUUCCAUUGCAAGCUCCUUCCCCAUCCCUCCCCAGUUCCUAUCUCUGUUACUCACUUGUGAUUUGUUCCCUGCUGGUAGAUCUAAAUUGUAUUAUUUUUAUUAUGCUUAAGGACAAUAAAAUCUACCAGCUAUUCUUGUGCACCAUGGCAAUCUAAUUAAUAGCUCUGUGAAAAGUGCAGCUAAUACCAUGUUUGCAAACUGCAGUGCUUCCAUGUUUUCAUGUCUUUUCAGCUUGCUUUUUCAAUUCAGCAUCUUCCAUACUAAUUCAUGUACAGCGCUGCUCAGUAGAAACAGUGUUCAUUUACUACUGUCUCAAAUUUUCCCU